AAAGAUAUAAUCCCUGGACAACUAGAGAAACAAACGAAGGAAGUGGGAAAGGUUUGCGCAGCUCGAUCUAGGGUUAGCGGUUGUGACUUCCCCUUUGUCUUUGCAGCCGUUGAGCUCUGUGGUCGGCUGCAAUCUGAUGUUCUUCUCUGGGUUUUCGGACAGUUUGACGGCGCAGCCGAAACGCCGUCUCCUCGCGCCGUCCGGAUAUGAAUGAAAGCAGUCGUACUACUUGAAGUUCGGGGAUCUCUUCCCCCAACAUGUCACUUGAUGGAUUUGGUGAUUGGAUAAGUUGUUAGGCUCUGUUUUAAUGUCGGUUUUACGGCGUAGGAACUGAGCUUUGUUUGCGAAUCUGCUUGAAUUCUGUGGCUGUGAGACACUCUAGUGGAGUGGAUCGGAGAUGAAGGAUCGGAACCACCUGCCUAGAGCUUUGAGCUUUGGUAUAUCGGAUUUGGCUCUUGAAUGCGUGAUGGGAUACAUCGACGAAGCUUGCGAUAGGGGGGCCAUCUCGCUGGUUUGCAAGAAGUGGUAUCGAUGCGAUUGUCUCACGAGGAAGCAUGUGACGAUCGCUAUCUGUUACUCAACUACUCCGCAGAGGCUUCGGGAGAGGUUCCCCAGGUUGGAGUCGCUCAAGCUCAAGGGGAAGCCCCGGGCGGCCAUGUUUUUUAAUAUCAUACCCGAGGACUGGGGAGGAUAUGCUGGGCCUUGGAUCUAUGAAAUCGCCUCGGAGGAUUUUGUGUGCCUGAAAGCACUCCACCUUCGUCGAAUGAUCGUAACAGAUGCGGAUAUUGAUGUCCUGGUUCGUGCUCGCGGCCAUGUGCUACAGUCUUUGAAAUUGGAUAAGUGUUCCGGAUUCUCGACUGAUGGUCUUACUAGGAUUGCCAGCUCUUGCAGAGGACUCAGAACAUUAUUUCUGGAAGAGAGCUCCAUCGUACAGAACGAUGGCGGCUGGUUACGUCAGCUCGCAGCAAACGAUUCUAUUCUUGAGGUCCUCAAUUUUUAUAUGACAUAUCUCAAGUGUACACGCGAAGACCUGGAGUUAAUUGCCAGAAACUGCAAGUCCCUUGUUUCCCUAAAGAUUAGCGAAUGUGAUGUCUCCCACCUCGUGGGGUUCUUCCGAAUGGCUACUUCUCUGGAAGAGUUUGGUGGGGGUUCAUUUGAUGAUCAAGCUGGAGAGGAUAGUCUGUACAAUAACAUUCAAUUUCCCUCAAAGCUUUGUCGAUUGGGUCUCAACUACAUUGAGACGAACCAGAUGCACAUAAUAUUUCCGGUCGCUUCCGCACUGAGGAAGUUGGACUUGCAAUAUAGUUUGUUAAGUACCGAAGAUCAUUGUCAGCUUAUUCAGUGCUGCCCAAACAUAGAAGUUCUUGAGGUCAGGGAGGUUAUUGGAGACAGAGGGCUAGAAGUUGUUGCUCAGACAUGUCCGAGACUGCAAAGGCUAAGAAUAGAAAGAGGUGAGGAUGAGCCAGGCCUAGAGGAUGAACAGGGCAAGGUUUCUCAUAGAGGCCUAUCUGCUAUAGCCCAAGGAUGUCCAGACCUGGAAUACCUGGCUGUGUACGUCUCCGACAUUAUGAAUUCUGCCCUAGAAUCCAUGGGCACAUACUGCAAAAACCUGUGUGAUUUUCGGCUGGUUUUACUCGAGCGGGAGGAGCGAAUAACGGAGUUACCCCUCGACAAUGGAGUCCGAGCUUUAUUAAGGGGUUGCACCAAGCUCAGGAGGUUUGCCCUUUAUCUUCGUCCUGGAGGUCUGACGGAUACCGGCCUCGGAUACCUCGGAGAAUACAGUGGAAACAUCCGAUGGAUGCUUUUGGGCCAUGUUGGGGAAUCCGACGAAGGGCUUUUAAGGUUUGCUCGAGGUUGCGGCAAGCUGCAGAAGCUAGAAUUACGCGGCUGCUGCUUCAGCGAGCGCGCUUUGGCCUUGGCCGUGCUGCAAUUGCCCUAUUUGAGAUACAUAUGGGUUCAGGGCUACAACGCAUCUCCGGAUGGGCGCGACCUAUUGUUCAUGGACAGGCCGUACUGGAACAUUGAAUUCAUCCCUCCAAGACGGGAGACGAAUGAUAACAAUGUUCCUCAUCCUGCUCAGAUACUCGCGUACUAUUCGCUAGCUGGGAGGCGGAUCGACUGCCCGCCUUCGGUGAUUCCGAUGCAUCGACAAUGAGUGUACAUUGUAAGGCUCUUGCCCAAUGUUUUUCAUGUUUUUGUUUUUUUUUUUUAAAUUGUUUUUCUAAUGUUUUUGUUGUUUUGUAUGUCUUAGCUUCUUCAUUUGUCUUUGGGUAGAGAAUCGAUGUGCAUAUUUUGGCUAGUUUGUCAAGAGUCUAAUUAUGGAUGUACCUGUAAUAAAAACUUGUUCCAUGUUGUUUAUUGUAGUAAGAAUUCGGAUGACAACACUAAUGCUCUA